AUGGAAGAGUGUCCCAUUUGUUUGGAAAUCGAUCAAGAAUAUAAGCAGUUUGGCCGGUUAGAAGUUUGCAGGCACCAGUUUCACUUAAAUUGUAUAAGAGAGUGGCACAAGUACAGCAUCGAUUUGAAAUGUCCUAUCUGCAGAAUUGAAUCCAACUACUUGGAAGUCGGUGAGGGGCAACAUGCAGUCUCUAUAAAUUUGAGGAUGGGGUUUAUGAUUAAGAGCGCUAUCGAGUACGUGGAGGCUGUAACCACUGACGCAGGAAAUGAGCAAGACGAAGAACAACAAGAGCAAGAAAUAGAUAUUAUCAGCGAAAUGUUUCAAGAUAGAGUCGUAAUGAAUAGUAUCAACAUGAUCGAGUGCGGCAUAUGCGGAGACACAAAUGGCUCUCAACCAAAUCUAUAUUGCCAGGAAUGCGAAGCAAUAUAUCACGAAACAUGUUUGCGUGGUUUAGCUUAUGAGGUGGGCGAAUGCAGCACAUGGCACGAGUGCGCAGAUUGCCGAUCUAAUGAGUUGCUCGAACUACACAUGGGUGCUAACGACGGCCAAGUUGCUAGCUACGACUCCAGAAAUUGUAUGAUCUUUGCCGGUGAAGUACGCGAUAAGCACAGUGUCAAGACACAGCAAAUAUAUGAGAGAAUACGAAAUGUUAAGCAACAAAUUCAGGUGCAUGUACGACGAGCGCUCGACCAAUACCCCCUACCACUACUACGAUUCAGAGAUGCCUACAAGAACGUCAACAAGCAAGUAUCCCGCGAGUUAUACCGUCUUUCCGAUAACAAGUACCUACCUACCAAAUUCGACUACGACUCGUUAGCCCGCACUGGAGUACACACGGAGCUCCUACUUUACUGCCAUGUGGAAGAGACGUAG